AAGGCUUCUUGUUGUUCCCGCAGAGAGGCGAGAAGAUGGCGGCCGUGUCAAGCGGAGGUGCUGCUGGGUCCGCUGCGGCCGGGAUUACGCACUCUGCCCGACCGACCCACGCAGGCAUGGGCAACCAGAACCGAGCCCAGCCAACCUCCGGGAUCAGCCACCCCAGUCGGACCGGCACGGCCACUGGGUGCAUCACCAAUCCUGGCCACACUUCGGCCACCAGGCCCCCCCCAGCCCGUGUGGGCCACUACGAAAUCGAGCGGACCAUCGGCAAGGGAAAUUUCGCGGUUGUUAAACUAGCCACACACAUCAUUACCAAAGCAAAGGUGGCUAUAAAAAUAGUGGAUAAGACCCAGCUGGAUGAUGAGAACCUGAAAAAGAUCUUCAGAGAGGUGCAAAUCAUGAAGUUGCUGAAGCACCCCCACAUCAUCCGCCUCUUCCAGGUGAUGGAGACAGAGAGGAUGAUCUACCUGGUUACAGAAUACGCUAGCGGUGGAGAGAUAUUCGACCACCUGGUUGCUCAUGGGCGUAUGGCAGAAAAGGACGCCAGGAAGAAGUUCAAGCAGAUCGUGGCAGCUGUCCAUUUCUGCCACUGCCGCAACAUCGUCCACAGAGACCUGAAGGCUGAGAAUCUGCUGCUGGACCACAACCUGAACAUCAAAAUCGCAGACUUUGGCUUCAGUAACCUGUUUUCUCGAGGCCAGCUGUUAAAGACAUGGUGUGGCAGCCCUCCCUACGCAGCACCAGAGCUAUUUGAGGGCAAAGAGUAUGACGGACCUAAAGUAGAUAUAUGGAGCUUAGGCGUGGUGUUAUACGUGUUGGUGUGUGGCGCUCUACCUUUUGACGGCAGCACUCUACAGAAUUUGCGGGCACGUGUCUUAAGUGGCAAAUUCCGCAUCCCCUUCUUCAUGUCCACAGAUUGCGAGUACCUGAUCAGACACAUGUUAGUGCUGGAGCCCAGCAGACGGUUGACCAUGGAGCAGAUCUGUAAGAACAAGUGGAUGAGACAAGGAGACCCAGACCCAGACUUUGACAGGUUGAUAGCAGAGUGUGAGCAGGUUAAGACCGAAAGAGACACGGAGCUCAUCAACGAGCAGGUGCUGAUAGCCAUGUCUGAGAUGGGCAUGGACCGAGAGCGCACACUUCAGUCCCUACAAACAGAUGCAUAUGAUCACUACAGUGCCAUCUACAGUCUGCUGGCUGACCGCCUCAAGAAACACAAGACCUUGCGUGUUGCUCCACCCACACCACGCCCCAUUAGCUACCCCCUUAACGCUGUACAGACGGAUCAACAGGGUAAUCCAGUUAGCAUGACCGUUCCCCAUGUCCAGCUCAUCAACCCUGAGAACCAGAUUGUUGAGCCGGAUGGCAGCAUGGCACUGGACAGUGAUGAAGGUGAGGAACCAUCACCUGAGGCCAUGGCUCGCUACCUUUCAAUGAGGCGGCACACUGUGGGGGUACCAGACCAAAGGACAGAGAUGCAGGAGGACCUCCAGAAACUGCCACCAGGGUUCCCCCGAGGUGCAGUGCCCCAGCCCCCCUUCCCCCCACUGGCCCCCACAAUGGGCCAAAUGCACACCCUCAUGCCCACACAGAGCCUGCAGCCCACACAGCAGUUGGAGUACAAGGAGCAGUCGUUGCUGCAGCCACCCACUCUGCAGCUACUCAACGGCAUGGGGCCUCUGGGUCGAAGAGCUUCCGACGGCGGGGCCAACAUUCAGCUACACGCCCAGCUCCUCAAGAGGCCCCGGGGGCCCUCACCACUUGUCGCCAGUCCGCACCCUAUCCCUGCUGUAGCUCCGGUGGAUGAGGAGGGUUCAGACGGAGAACCAGACCAAGAAGCAGUACAGAGGUACCUGGCGAACCGCUCCAAGCGGCACACGACGCACGCGCUCAUGAGCACAUCGCAUGGCGAGCCCGCAGCAGACUCACAGCGGCCCCAGGGCCCCCGCCAGAGGGCGGGCUGGGCCCCCGACACACACACCCGAUCCAGCUAUAAAGACUGUAACACCCUUCAUCUCCCCAUGGAGCGCUUCUCACCUGUCAGACGGUUCUCCGACGGCGCCACCUCCAUCCAAGCCUUCAAGGCUCAUCUAGAGAACAGCAGCCUCAUUAAGCAACUCAAGCAGGAGUGUGAGCAGCUCCAGAAAAUGUAUGCUGCCCAGCAGGAUGAGCGAUUCCUGGAGCACACUCAGCAACAGCAUAUCCUCUACCAGCAAGAGCAACAAAUCGUCCACCAGCAAAUCCAGGGUCUGUCUUUAGGCCAUGGAGAGAGCCAGCCCAGUCACCUAACCCACCAGCUCCAGAGGUUGCGUAUCCAGCCCUCCAGCCCUCCGCCAACACAUCCCAGCAACCAUCUCUUCAGACAGCCCAAUCAGAGCCCUCCGCCUGGCACUGCAGGCAUAAUGCAAGGGCACGGUCCAUCGUCAGUACAGUACCAGCACGGUGCUCCAUCACUAUUCCAGGGCCAGAGUGGCAGCCCACCUCCCACAGGCAUGCCUCGAAUGUCUCUACCAACCAAUCAGCAGGCAGCAUCUGCCCGCCCCACUGUCCCAUUGGCACCAGGUGUACCUCAACAACAGCAGGUGACCAUUCAGGUGCAGGAAGUGGAGCUGGGAGGUGGGGCGCAGAGACCAGGCAGCUUUUUGUCCACGCCAUGUGGACACAGAGUCCUCGGGAAGCAGCUGAGUGCAGACAACGCCGAGACGCACAGCCGCAGCCUCGGCCGCUUCACAUCAGGCUAUGACCAGGCCCAGUUCAACCCCCACCUCUUCUCUGGCGACAUCGCCUCCCGAGGCACCUCCGGAGUGGUCGGUUCCUACAGCCCCUACCUGCAGGGAACCUCCCUCAAAGUCCCCGGACUGGAUGGUUAUGGCGGGGCUGUGGGGACCGGCAGCUAUGGCACCCCAUCUACACUACAGCAGGCCCUGCUUUCCCCAACUCCUUUGGACUACCGCCCCCCACAACAGCACGUCACCCCCACCCUGCAGGGCCUCCUGUCCCCCCGCCACUCUUUAACAGGCCACGCCGACCCAAGGCUGCCGCCGCAGGACCUGGCUGCCCUGCUGAAGAGACAGAGCCCCCGGCCAGGCCCAGCGCCCCCCACACAACCCAGUGGUGCCCCCCCAGAGUAUGGAGAGAUGCUGCUUCUCCGCCAGCUAAGCCAGGGUGAGAGCUUAGAACCACCGGCGCCGCAGGUUGCCUCGGGAGGCCAACACUACCACCACCUCCUCCAGAUCCGACCCCCGGAGGUGCAGCCGCAGCAGCACCCAGCCCAGGCGCCAUGUCCCAGCUUGCCUCACUCGGAGAGCAUGGAGGAGGAUGACGUGCCAGCUGGCUACCACCACACACACGAGGGCCUGCUGGCCAAAGCAGGGGAAGGUCAUGAGCUCCUGGGGCCUCCCCGAGGAGGCACCCCACCCUACAACUCCCCAACACACAGGCAUGGCUAUAUAAGGAAUCCUCCAGCAUCUAGAGACUCUGAGCAUGUGGAGUGCAGACCCCCGGGACAGGCCAUGGAGGUGCCUGAUCAUAAUGGUGUAGGCUAUUCGCGAGGUGCUCAGGGUGAGGCCUACAGGUCCAGAGGACAACUACAGCGCCACCACACCAUCCAGACCUGUGAUGAUGCCUAUGAUCAGGCAGAUCCCAUGUCUGGGAUGAGCCUUUUGGCCGGUAAAGCGCUAAGCUCCGCUCGCAUGUCAGACAUUCUCAGCCAGACGUCACUGACAGGAAGCCAGCAGCUGCACCAGCGGGAAGAAUCAGUGUGUGAUGUUGAAGGGGAGCUCCAUGCGGCAGCCUGCUACCCCUCCUCCUGCACCAGUGACAUGCUCCUCAGCUACAAGCCCCCAGACCUGCAGUACAGCAUGGAGCAGGCUGGGGUCUAGCACAGGUACACAAGCAGUAAAGAGUUGGUAGAGGUGGCGUAUCCUGUGUACAGCGGUCCAUAUCAGCCAUCCUGAGUUGUGUUGACUUGAGUUGAGCAGCAUCACGCCAAACCACCGUCGUCUGCCCAAGCAGGGGUGCUCUACGUCCAUCUGUCUGUCUCCAUCGGUCCCUGGGAGGGCAGUCUGCCUCGCGAUACAUAGAGGGGGAGUGUGGGUGGGUGUGUGUAGACAUUAGAGCGGUGGGGUGUCACAGGUGGGGGGCCUCGGGGGUUCAAAGGUCAAAGUGCCAGCAUAUUUUUUCUGCACAGACAUCCAGCAUUCAUUGCUGCUGGCUCUCUUCUUUUCACCCUCCCGUCGUGGGGUAGAUUGGGGUUCCCGCUCCCUCCUUCUUUUCAACUUGGGCCGUCCCCCCCCCCUACCACCGCCACCCCCUCCCCUCCUUCACCUCCCCCUCCUCCUCCUCCUUGCAAACCUGGCCCACCCAACCCAACGCCCACCUGCAACCCUGACCUAUAAAACUCCCCUUUCACCCAGUGUCCUCUUAUUCAAAGUUUGCGUACUUCAUCAUGUGCCUCAUUGGCCAACGGAUCGAUUACAGUCAUACUCGCAAGAACACAGAGUCCAACUACACAACAAUAUACACACUGCUGCCACAAACCCAAAGUAUUCACAUAAGGUGCGAGUGCGUGUGUGAGCGUGCCUGCGUGUGUGAGCGUGCCUGCGUGUGUGUGUGCACGCAUGACUGAGAAGAAGGGGUGAGCAGAGGUUCAGUCCGCUCCUCCUCUGUUACCCCCUCCUGCAGAUCAUUCCGGAGCGGGCUGUAAUCUCAGCAGCAGCAGCAGUGGCGGCCCCCUUUUUGGGCCGGGUGGCGGGUGUUUUUUGGGUCAGGAUCCAACCAGGCAACUUAAAAACAAAAACAACAAAAAAAAAAAAAAAACGCUCUCUCCAAAGAUGGAGCUCAGUGACAUCGCACAGGACAAACCAGCUCUCUCAUCCUUUUUUUCUUUUCUUUUUCUGUCAUAUUUCUUGUUCUGGCAUUCAUUUAAUUUUUUUAAAAGAUUUUCUUUUAAAGUUCAUUUUUAUAGCUAAUGUCCAUGUAGGCAUUCUGGUCAAUAUUGUUACUCUUAUUGUUAUUACUGUUUUUCUGUAAAAGAAGUUUUAUUAUAAUGAAUAUGAUGAUGAUUAUUAUUAUUAUUAUUAUUAUUAAAGGAAAAACAAUUCUGUGUUGCAAGGAAGACAACAUUGUUUAUUUUAAUUACAAAAGUAAUUCUGCACUUUCGGUUCAAGCUAUCCUCUCUCUCUGUCAGUUUCCACCCCUCCUCGCCUCUUUUCUCGUCAUGCUGUUUAUCCUGCUUUUUUGACUCUGCCCCCUCUACCCCUACCUUGUGUUACCCCCCCCCCCCCCCCUUUUUUUUCUUUUUUUCUUUUUUUCCCCCCCUCCAUCCUCCUCUCCCAUGUCAGUGACAGUGUAUUACAUUGUGGGUAGUUUUACCAGACAUUUGCUCCUUUCCUUGUACAGUGAUGCCAUGUAUAGAACGCUAUUGCAAUUUCUGUAUUGAAUCUUUUCUCCUUUUUUUGUUAAGUUUUUGUUUGUUUGUUUUUAGAUGUCGUUGGGGAGGCUUUUUUUUAUAUUGGUAUUGUUUAUCAUUUGUAUUUUUGGAUGUCUUCAAAAUGUUUUCCUUUUAUUUCUUGUUUUAUGAAUCUUGAGAUUUCUAGCCAAAAGAGGACAGAGAUAAGAGAGACAGGGCUCUUUUCUGUGUCGUUUAAAAAAAGAUUGUUCUUAUUUGUUUUUAAUAUUAUUAUAUCGAGACACUUGAAUAAGAGGAGAGUAAUUAUUUUGUGUUGCUUUUUAAAGUAUCAUUUCAAUCGUUGAUGUUGUUGUGACUGUCAUUCUUGUUGAUGUUGGGCCUGUUUCUGUUUAUUGGGGAGGGGGUUAAGUGUGGCAGGCUAUACAGGGUCAGGCUUCCGGGGCUUUGUCUGGGUUGGUUCGGGUGCUACAAAGACUCUUUAAAAAACAACAACAACAAACAAACAAACAAAAAAAACAACAACAACAAGGGAAUAACUUGUAAAAUAGCUGACAUAUCAUCCAAAACACAAGUGUGGAGACCGCCGGACCCCCACUUCUUUUUCCUCUCUCUGUCUGCCCUACCUAUCAGCUGUGAUCCUUCCACCAUCCUUUUUACCACAUCGGCUUCUGAUCGGACCACGCCUUACGGGACUAUGGCCCCCUCCUCCCAAGCUAACCUUGUUACUACAGCAACCAAGGAGGAAACUAUUACCACACACCCUUCCUUCAACCCCCUCCUUUUUUUUUCUCCCCCUAUUUCAUUUCUCUCAUUUCUGCCUUACUUUAGUCCCCCCCCCCCUUAGCUUGGAAGGAAAGAUCCAACGAGGUGAUAGUGAUAUGUCUGCCUUUCAUGAACAGUAAACGGAUCCUGUUGUCGUUGGACUCACCUGGACUCACCUCCACAUCAUAUAAAAGGGAAACAUUUCAGGAGGUGACCAUUGGAAUGAAGUACUUCCACAGCAGAGGAAUACAAGCUUUACAGUCAGAGCAAUGGCAGGGUGUGCCCACCUUAAACAUGCCUACCAGGGUCUGUACAUGGCGCCCUAUGCUGAGUGGAGCUUAAGCACAGCCAGAUGGAGGCUACAGCACACUGGGGACCACAUCAGAGAAUUGAAAAGAUACAGGAACCCUUAAACCCCCCCACCCCUCAUACUUUCUUUAUUUUAUUGUUUAUCUUCCCUGGUGCAUAUUGAGUCUAUAUUGGGCCAGCCAGAGACUGGCGCAAAGGAUAAAGCUUCAGGUCGUCUUGUAUGUUUCUACAGGCCAGAUUUCAUCAAACCUGGCUGCGUGGUUGACUUAUUUGCAGUAUGCAUCUGAGGGCUGUCGACGGUUUCAUUGCAGCGCCUGUGCUUUCCAUUUGCAUCGCGUCACUUCCUGUUUACCACUAUUCACUCUGACAAGCAGACGGUGCGCGUACAGGAGUAAGCAAGCAGAGUGGGCUCUCUCUCUCAGUUCAUUCCUCUUUUCAGAUCUGUCCUCCCUGUUUUUGUUUUUUCUCUCAUUGUUCACAUCAAGCCAAAAACUGAGAUCUGCAAGAGAGAGAAAGGGAGAGAGAGGAGUGGAGCGACUGUCGGGUAGCGGAAAGGAAAUGACCGGAGUGGAAGACAUUGCACUUCUCUUGUUCCAUGGCAGGAUAGAAACUCUAAAAUAAAAGACUGGAGGCUGCACACCUCGAGUAACAUGACACACAAACGGUUGUUUCUAGUCGGUGGGUGUGUGUUGGAGGGGAGGAAGAGCAGCUGCACACAGGAAGGGAUAGCUGGAGUGAAUGGAAAGCACUGCAAGAUGAUUCAGAUGUAAUGGGGAGGAGAGAGCUGCUUCACACACACACACACACACACAUGUGCACAUCUGCCUAAAUCAGACUGACCUGUCUCCCUCCUUUUUUUUUUUACAUCCUCCAUCCCUUCCCUUCUGACUUUUUCUCUCCAUCCCAGUCUCUCCCUUCUUAGCAAGCCAGCUCUCUGCUCCACUCCUGUUUCUUAGGUUCUUUUUUUUUUGUUGUUGUUGUUUUUAUUUUUACCUAUCAGUUUAUUUCUUUUGUCAUUUUGAUUUUAUGUUCAUUUCUGUUGAGUACAAAAAUACUAAAGUGCAACAACAAUGAAUAAAAAAAGAAUAUCAACCAAACUGAGAUGAAUAAAUAAAUAUAUAUAUAAAUAAAGAAAUAAUUUAAAAAGG